AUGAAACGACGAUCAACUGGCUGCUUGCGACGAGCUUCGUUUUACAGCACUAAAAGUACCAAAUCAAUGGACUCCACCAAUAAUCCCAACAAAGUGUGGCGUCCACCAGGAUUUUAUGAAAUUCCCAACAUUUUAGGCAGUGACGCAUUUCUUAAACCUGAACCGAUUCAAGAAAAGACGUACAGCUUACGUGAAUACAAUCCGCAAAAGCAUAUUUCGAAACGACCAUGGUUGCCUGCGGGCCUUUGCUCGGAGAUCCCGCAAUUGCCGCCCUUGGUCCGACCGGAGAACGAAUUUGAACGUAGAAUUCGCAAAGCGCUGCCUAAAAUUCAAGUAUCUUCGCUUGAUCCGCGUAACAAGUACGGCGGUCUCAAAGAAAUCGGAACAGGUGUCAAUGGAUCGGUUGUACGAGCCAGUCAUCGUUACAAAAAGAAUCUGCAUCUUGCCAUCAAACGAUGUCGGCUAGACCCCGACCGUGAAUACCGAGCCGCUAUCGUACGAGAAUUGCGUAUCAUGGCAACCGGUCAUGCUAACCUUAUCCGUUUACGUGAAGUAACAUUGUGGCGUGACGAUGUUUGGAUGGCCAUGGAUCUUCAACGUUGCUCGGUGUUUGCCGUUCUCUGUCAACGAGGCAUUCCCGAAGAAUAUGCCGUUCAUAUUACCUGUGAAACCCUCAAGGCCCUGAUGUAUCUUCACAGCAAAGGAUUUAUCCAUCGUGAUGUCAAAUGCGAAAAUCUUUUGUUAGGUUGGAAUGGUGAAGUGAAACUAGCUGACUUUGGAUUGGCUACUCGCACCACGAAACGUAACCGAGAAAGAUUAGGAACCAGCAAAUGGAUGGCACCCGAAGUUAUUCGGGAACAGUACUACGACGAAAAGAUUGAUAUGUGGUCUCUUGGUGUCACUAUCAUUGAAAUGAUGGACAGAGUACCGCCUCACUAUCUUAUAAAGAACGAAAUUGAACUGUUUGCUGCUAUUCUGAGCGAACCCAGCCCCACGUUCACUUACAGCUAUCCCACCAUGUACAUGCGUGGUCUCGUUGCUUGGUUGCUGGAUGAAAACCCACGUACACGACCUUCGGCUAAAGACGUCUUAUUGGAAAUCGACGCUCAUGUUCAAAGCAACUUACUACGAUGUUCCAACUCUUUUGAAUUGGCACGAUUUGUGAACUAUGUUCUGCCUCCAUAUUAAUUCCUCGUAUCGGACGUCUUAUCCACCUCGACUCGAAUUUUGUUUCCUCUCUCGUCAAUCUCUGCCAACGUUCUCUUCACUCCACUUGACUUGCUUUUUUUUUUCUUUUUUCAACGACUCCAUACGAAGACCAAACAAACCAUUCCAAUCAACAUGCAAUUCGAUAAGAAGAAACGAAAAUCAAUAUUCUUUCACAAGCAAGAAAAACACCAAAAAACAUCGAAAACCGAAAAUUUCUAAACAAGCUCAAGUCACCACUCUUACGAUUCUUUAAUACCCUUUUUUUUUUCCUCUGAUUCUUUUUCACAUGGCUUUUUUCUUCGUAUUUC